AUGCCCCGAUGCUUAGCUCAACGAUCGGCACACGAAUCACAACACGCCACCCGCGCAUGUCUUGCCGAUCCCGACGUUGAAUGGACCAGUCGAGAACAACUCACUAGAAUCCACACAAUUCGUUGUUUACCCUUUCAAUUACAUCAAUUGAAUCUCGAUCGCGAUGCAGAAAUUCCUCGUUCUUUUGGCUGCUGCCUCCUCGCUGUCGCCGACCCGAUCGUCUACCUGAUCCGUCACGGCGAGAAGCCUAGCAAUGGCUCCGAUGGACUUAGCGCUGCCGGUCUCGAGCGUGCUCAAUGCCUGAAGAAUGUUUUCGGCCCAAGCUCAGGAUAUGAUAUUGGCCAUAUUAUGGCUGAGACUCCCAAGAGCAGCGGAAAGCGUCAGCGCCCCUAUGACACCGUGGAGCCCCUGGCUGAGGAACUAGGCCUCACUGUUGAUACUUCUUGCGGCAAGACGGAUUACAGCUGUGUUAAGGAUGUUGUUGACGCCUACGACGGCGAUGGCAACAUUCUUAUCUGCUGGGAACACGAUGCCCUUACUGAUAUCGUUGAGGAACUUGGUGAUGAUGAUGCACCUGAUUACCCAGAUGACAGCUAUAACAUUAUUUGGACGGAUCCUUCUCCUUAUACUAGCAUCACGGCUGAGACCAGCGAGGAUUGCCCGGGACUGGACUCUUAA